UUUACUUUUGACUUGUGCUGCAGUUUUCAUUUUCAAUAUACACCCCCAUUCAAUCACGGCACCUCCUUUGACAGUGAAUGUUUCAGUUUCAGUGUCGUCAACAACACCAUCAUCAUCAAAUCUUCACUUCAUUCUCCAACAAUCAUAUCACAAAAUUCUCAAUCCAAUCCAAUGACGAUGGAACCCAUACAAACUCUCAACGGCGAUUUCGGCUUCACCGGAAACGAUCGAAGAUUCGCUUUUUCACGUCAAGCUUCAUUCCAACAACCCCGCACACCAAUUUCCACUGAUUCAACCGAUUUAGGUCUCAGAAAACCCUUUCUUUCACGAACCGAUUCAAGCAUAGAUAUCCCUCCUCCUGGACCCCAUCACCAUUACUGGUCUGGUCAUGAUGAUAAACCUUCUGGGUCACUGGAAAGAUCCAAUUUUUCGUCUUUUGUUUUGUCUGUUUUUCGAAAUAUUAGGUCUGGUCAUAGAUAUAUGAAGAGAUUGUUUUUUAUGAUCUCUCUUAAUGUUGCUUAUUCUACUGUUGAAUUGCUCAUUGGUCUCUUCACUGGUCGUGUUGGUUUGGUGUCUGAUGCAGUUCACUUGACAUUUGGAUGCGGCCUUCUCACAUUUUCGUUGUUUGUUAUGGGUGCGUCUAGGAAAAAACCUGAUGGAGAUUAUACUUAUGGGUAUAAAAGAUUAGAAGUCUUAUCUGCAUUUACAAAUGCUCUGUUUCUUUUGUUUAUGUCAUUCUCCCUAGCAGUUGAAGCACUUCAUGCAUUUAUACAAGAUGAAUCAGAACACAAGCAUUACUUGAAUGUUUCUGCAGUGACCAAUUUAUUUGUGAAUCUCAUUGGUGUGUGGUUCUUCAGGAACUAUGCUCGGAUAAAUCUUGCUUACCGAAAUGCAGAAGAUAUGAAUUGCCAUUCUGUUUUCCUGCAUGUUCUUACAGAUUCCAUUCGCAGUGCAGGUUUGAUAUUGGCAUCCUGGUUAUUGUCCAUCGGGGUUGAGAACGCAGAAGUAUUGUGUCUGGGACUUGUUUCUGUUGCAGUUUUUACUCUAGUUUUGCCUCUCUUUAGGGCAACUGGUGGUAUCUUGCUCCAAAUGGCACCUCCCAGCAUCCCAACAACUGCUUUUAGCAAAUGCUUGAGACAGAUAUCUGCUCGCGAAGAUAUACUGGAAGUCUCCCAGGCUCGCUUUUGGGAAUUAGUGCCUGGUCACGUUGUUGGGUCACUGUCAAUACAGGUAAAGAAAGGGGUGGACGAUCGGCCAAUACUAGAAUUUGUGCAUCGUCUAUACCAUGAUUUUGGUGUGCAAGACCUCACGGUGCAGAUUGAUCAUGCUUCAUGAUGAGGUUUACUCAACACAGUUUCAUCCUAGUGAUUAUUUCCAAGGGUUGUAUACACAUUAAUGUCAUUGUUUGGUACUGCUCAAAGGAUAGUAGCACAACUUAUUUAAGAAAUGGUUGCAUACAACAUAGUGUAAGUUUUUUUAAAAGGGAUAAAUAUACAAUUUUGAAUAAUAUUUCAAUCAAUUUUAGUAAUUAUGUGUAUAAUCAAAGUUAGAUAGUUUCUCUUCCAUGAGUUUGGUUUAUGCUCCCACAUGGAUUCUUUGUGCACGUGCUGUCAUGAACAAGACUCUUCUCAUAGUUGAAUGUAGUUUGAAGUUUUCUUCAGAAAAUAGUGUCCGGUCAGAAAAUAGUGUCGCCGUAUAUGGACCGUCCGAUCAAGAUCAGACGGUCCAGAUUUACUGACUACAUGCAGCAUAAUCCAAAUCCAUCUAUAUUAUUUGCUGUGUUUUACUCUUUUGCUAGUUGA